GAGUUUUAACAGUUUAGAAGUGGUGACAGCGGAUUCUCUGCAACUUGUAUUUCUCAUGUGCAUAUAGUUGGUUUGAAGUCUGUUUUGUGGCAUGUAUUUAAGGUGGUGAUUUCAUCAAAUCAGGUUUCAGGGAGGCGCACAAAGCGAUCUCGAAGAUUGCUCCACGAGCUCCGCCAAACCCAGACGAGUGUUUCCGGCGAGCGCGAGCAAACCAUCGACACACGACCGACUCUGAGCUGCUGUUAUGCGCGUUUGCUUCGUUUUCUUUGUUUGCUCUGAAGCUCUGGCAACGGGUUGGAAGACAGUAAUAAAAGACACUCCUUGUAAGCAGCAACACUGGCACAUUUUUGACAUGUAAAAGCAUUAUUUCCAAUGGCAGCUGACCAAGUCAGGAUUACAGCAUCAGGAAACAACUGAACAGCUCGACUGAUUUACAUGAACUACUUCUCUAAUAAUGCUAUUUAAUUCAACCUGCGAUGCUUUUAACAAAUCAGUGUCCUUCUUCUACAACGAGACUGGCAAGCCCAUCAGCGCGAGCUGGCGGACUCAUGACUUUAUCGUUGUCGGUCUUGGGGUCCCGAUUUGUGUUUUUAUUAUUCUGGCAAAUAUGUUGGUCAUAGUGGCCAUAAUCAUUAACCGACAGUUCCACUUUCCCAUUUAUUACUUACUUGGGAACAUGGCAGCUGCAGACCUCUUCGCCGGCAUCUCGUAUCUCAACCUUGUGUUCAACACUGGGCCGUGGACCAUCAAGUUGUCCGUCAAUGAGUGGUUUAUUCGUGGAGCUUUGAUCAACAUGAGCCUGACUGCGUCUGUAGUCAACCUUCUGGCGGUGGCAUUGGAGCGCCAUCAGACCAUCUUCACCAUGCAGCUCCACAGCACCAUGACCAAGCGGCGUGUGGUGAUGCUGAUAGUCACCAUCUGGCUGGUGGCCGUCUUCAUGGGUUUGGUGCCCAUCAUGGGCUGGAACUGUGUUUGUGACCUGUCCACCUGCUGCACGGUUGCGCCGCUGUAUUCCCGCAGCUUCCUAGUGUUCUGGGCUAUCCUCAACCUCAUGGCCUUCUUCAUCAUGGUGGCCGUUUACACUCACAUCUUCAUCUACGUUCGCCGGCGGAGCCGAGUAAUGUCCCCGCACAUGGAUCAGCCCUCCAACAAUCAGACUGUUAUCAGCCUCAUGAAGACCAUGUCCAUGAUUCUGGGCGCCUUUGUGAUCUGUUGGACGCCGGGUCUGGUGAUUCUGUUACUGGAUGGUCUCAGUUGUGGAUGUCAGGUUCUUAAAUAUGAGAAGUACUGCCUGGUUCUGGCCGAGUGUAACUCUUUGGUGAACCCUAUCAUCUACUCGUUUCGGGACAAGGACAUGAGGACCACCUACAAACGCAUUCUCUGCUUCCCUUGGAGAAGAAUGCGCCAGCAUGAGGGGGCUUCUGGCAUCCGCUUUGAGUCUGUGAAAACCGAGGCACUCUUGGAGAAAAACAGCAAUUACUCCACCAGUUUAGAGCCCGUCUCACCACAAAGCCUAUUGUCUUCAUAGAAAACGUAUUUCUCGGUGUAAAUAAAUGACUUUGUAUUUGUUUAGUGAAAUGAUCACAGCUUGUACAAAGAGUAAAUACUACUUCAUUUUUGAUA